AUGCCAGCUGGAGUAACUUGGGGACAAUACAUAUCUUUUUCAAUAGCGGCCAUGCUAUCAAUGCUUGCAGGAUCUCAAGUAGUUCAUCUAUACUACAAGCCAUUACAGGAUCUUAAUGAGUAUAUAAACAGAGAACUAAAAAAUUUACCAGAUAACAUUCAAGUUCAAAUAAAGGAUGAUCUAAGUAAAGAUGGUAUUUUAAAAUGAAUGUUGGAUUGGAAACAAUAGUUUAGUGUUAAAAUAUUGAAGGAUUGUGAAAAAUGUAAGAAAUAAUAAUGUAAUAAUAAAUAAGUACAUAAAA